CAAUACUAUAAUUAUAAUAACUGUAAUAAUAACACAUAUCAUAUGAAUGGCUCAACCGCUCGACAUCUCUCGCCGUAACCCACAAGAAGAGUAUGAUUUGAUCCAAAGAGUGGGUUCCGGCACUUAUGGCGACGUCUAUAAGGCCAAACGGGUCAUGUCUGGAGAGAUGGCGGCCAUAAAGAUCAUAAAGUUAGAGCCGGGGGACGACUUCACGAUCAUUCAGCAGGAGAUACUGAUGAUGAAGGGCUGUCGGCACCCAAAUGUGGUGGCAUUCUUCGGCUCAUACCUCCGGAGGGAUAAGCUCUGGAUUUGUAUGGAGUUCUGU